UUUUGUUCAGUUCGUAUUCAACAACUGCUAGAAUAAGUAGUGUUAUCUAAAAUUUGCACCUGAUAUUGCUUAUCUCAAAGAGUAGUUGCUAAACACUUUAACAUAAAUUUCUAACUACUAUUUUUUUCCGUUUUUUUUUUUUUUUUUAUUUACAACCGUUUACUUGACAUUUCAUUUAUAAACAAAGACUACGAAUUAUUAUUUGACUGAGUGAUAGUAUUUUUUUUUAGUACCAAAGAUAAAAAAAAAUUAACUAGUGAGAAUGGCAAAAAAAAUUAUCAAUCAUUCUUUAGCAUCAAUGAAGAAAUUAGUUCAAUGAUCGAAUGAUAAUAAAUUAGUAGACUUUAACAUUAUUGUAAGGUGACUUCCAUCAUCAUGGAAGUAAACGAUGAACGUGAAUGCAAUAAAGCUAUGUUGAGCUAUCAUUCAAACAUUUUGACUCAGAAUCCAGAUAAAUUACAAGAAAGCAAGAAGGGCAUUGAAACAAAUGACAAUGACGAACUCAAUAAUAAUGAGAAACUUUUGUGUGAUGAAGAGGAAGAUGAUGUUCCAGUUCAAUACUCCUCUAAUCGUAAGAGUGUAUUUGCUCAGUGCAUGGUGGCUGGUGCAAUGUUAAUGCUAAAUGUUGGAGUGGGAAUGCCAAUUGGAUACAGUGCCAUUUUAUUACCCCAGCUUUCGGAAGUUAAUGGCACCUUUCACAUUGAUGAAUCAAUGGGGUCUUGGAUAGCAUCGAUUCAUAGUUUAGCAAGUCCACUUGGUUCUUUACUGACUGGACCAAUGCUAGAUGCAAUAGGUAGACGCAGCUGUCUUCAAUUGGCCACGAUACCUCUUUGUAUUGCCUGGUUACUCAUUGGAUUCGCUAGCAAUAUUAGUUGGAUAUUGUUUGGUAGAUUUAGUGCUGGUUUUGGUGUUGGAAUGUGCAGUGUUGCUGUUCAGGUAUUCCUUGGGGAAGUAAUAGAUGCAAGAGUCCGGGCCUCUGUAACUACCGCAUCAACAACAGCAUACUGUGCAGGAAUGCUAUUAGUUUAUAUUUUAGGGAGUGCAUUAAAAUGGCAAACUGUCGCAUUCUGUGGUACAAUUUUGCCUAUUAUAAGUCUGAUAUUACUGACUACAGUAUCUGAAAGUCCUGCAUGGCUUGUUCGGAAAGGAAAAAUCAAUGUAGCUAAAAAAGCUCUGAUGUGGCUUCGGGGUGAUGAUGCAAAACAGGUCACAACAGAAAUGUCUAUUCUAGAAGCCAGAGCAAAAGAGGAUCUCUCUCGUAUGUCUUUGUCCAUGACUUUCCGUGAACGAGCACUAGAAACACGAGCGAAAGUUCUCCAUCCAGGUGUCCUCAAGCCUUUGCUUAUUAUAAACGUCUUCUUUUUACUACAAGUGUGUUCUGGCACAUUUCUUGUCGUUUCUUACGGCGUUGACCUGAUGCAUCACAUAGCAAAGGGAAGUAUUAAUAAGUAUAUGGCAGCUGUGAUGACAGCUUUAAUUAGAGUCUUCUUCUGUUUUCUAUCAUGCUUUCUUAUGCUGCGAAUAGGCAGACGUGCAAUUGCUCUCAUAUCUGCAAUUGGAUCUGCUGUUGCGUCUAUUAUUCUUGGUGUUUUUCUACUGUUGAACAUCCAAGACACUGGUUUUGAAGUGUACGUAAUUGGUAUUUGUCUUAUCGUUUAUGUCAGCUUUAACACAAUUGGUCUAUUAGCAUUACCAGGAAUGAUGGUUGGGGAAUUAUUACCCCACAGAGCUAGAGGUGUUGGAGGUGGCUGUACCAUGUUUCUUUAUAAUUUCUCACUCUUCGCCACAACGAAAAUUUUUCCAAUGCUGAAAAACAUGGUGGGUAUCGGUGGAAUAUUUCUAAUCUUCGGAGCAUCAGCAGUUCUGGAAACGAUAUUUACGUGGCUUAUCAUGCCUGAGACUAAAAAUCGUACACUACAAGAAAUUGAAGAUUAUUUCAAGGAAGGAAAUAUACUUUGGAUCAGAAGAAAAAAUCGAAAGCAAAGACUCAGUGUGUCUGAAUCAUAAUCUAAAGAUUUAACUCUGUCAAUGCAAAUUUUGAUCAAUUGUGAUAGUAUAUAUGUAUAUAUAUAUAUAUAUAUAAAAAAUUAUUUUUUUAAUAUGAAUAUUGGAAAAAUUUAAUGCUAAAAAAUAAGAAUGAAAUUUCUAUUUUGAAAUAAAGAAGACUGUUAAUUAUUAU